AUGGGAAGAACAAAAAUCAAAAUGGAACUUAUUCAAAAUCACAAGAAGAGGAUGACAACUUUAGUGACACGGAAGGCUGGCUUAGUCAAGAAAAUUUCGGAACUCUCAAUACUUUGCGAUAUCAAAGCAUGCAUGAUCAUACACGAAGGAGAUAAUCAUCAAAUGUGGCCGAAUGAUCCAAAUGAAGUUACAGAGCUAAUAGAUUUCUACAAAAACCAACCAUUCCAAGGCCGAAGCAAAAGGGGUAAGACCUUGUCCAACUAUUUCGAAGAUGAUGAAAAGAAAAGGGCUGAGAUCAAAGUAGAAAAGGAUCCUUCCACUUGGGAUUCAAGAUUUGACUAUUUCGAAAAUGAUGAAAAGAAGAAGGUUGAGAUCAAAGUAGAAAAGUAUCCCACUUGGGAUUCAAGAUUUGACUAUUUAUCUGAAAAAGAAUUGCAAAAUCUUGCUGGUGUUGUUGAGAAAAAGAUGGAGAAGGCAAAAGGAAAAAUAGAAUUGUUGAAGAGCAUGAAUGUUCAUAUUGGAAGUUGCUCAGUUUCUCAUCAACAAAUAUGGGACAACAACUUGAUGAACCAAACUACUCUGUCUCUGUGGCCUAUUUCUAAUGUGAAUUCUUUCACCGAUUAUAACAACUUCUUUCAAUCAAAUAUUCCAAUUAGUGGUGUGAAUUCAAUGGGAGCAGGGAUGGAUAAUGGGCUUCUUACUAUCGAGGAUUAUCAAUUUUGCAAUGCAAAUUAUUCUAAGAUGAUUGAGGCUGAAAACUGGUCUGCAAAUGUUGGAAUUGGUUCAAGUUCGACAAUGCAGCCUAUGGGGAAUAAUUAUGGGAUUGGUUCAACUUCGACAAUGCAACUUAUGGGGAAUAAUGAGAUUGGUUCAACUUUGACAAUGCAACAUAUGGGGAAUAAUGGAAUUGGUUCGAGUUCGACAAUGACAAUGCAGCCUAUGGAUCAGUACCCUUUCAUAUACAAUGACUCUACUCGGGAUAUUGCUUCAAGUUCGACAAUGCAGCCUAUAGGGGAUAAUGGAAUUGGUUCAAGUUCGACAAUGCAGCCUAUGGGGAAUAAUGGAAUUGGUUCAAGUUCGACAAUACAACCUAUGGAUCAGUACCCUUUCAUGUACAACGACUCUACUCAUGCAAUUGGUUCAAGUUUGACAGUGCAGCCUAUGGAUCAGUACCCUUUCGUAUACAAUGACUCUACUCAUGAUAUGUCGUAUAGAUUCGUGUAG